GGUAGGUGCAUACCAUUGUGGUGGAGUACUGGUCAACUUGCAAUAUGUGUUAUCAACCGCGAGUUGCUUUGCCCAUAGUGUCCGCUUUGACUAUCAUGAUAAUGAGUUCCAUUACAUGGUAAACUGCACUAAGGGACAUUUGCCCUUCCCCGAUGCGUCAUCUAUUCAUUAUUACUUCCAGUUUCUAAUCAGUAUGCCCACGGGUAUCUGAUCCAUACGGCGACGAUAUAAGUUGUAAAGUUACAAUGGCGGUCAAGCUCCAUGUGCUGCUUGCCCCAGACGUGUUAAUCAUCCUGGGGGUUUUCGUCGUGUGUUUUAUCUGCUGCUGUUUACCUGCAGACAAGAAGCGCACACAGAGUCAAAGAAGGCAUACAAUUUUCGUAGGUGUAUUGAAAUGGCCGUCAGGUGAAUCAACGAAACAAUUACGCUAUGCUGUUGAUGCAAAAAUACACGAGAAAUUCGACGUGAAAACCAUGAUGUACGACUUUGCUCUUGUGAGGUUGGAAAAACCAUUUGUGAAAACAGCACGUGUGUACCCUAUCCCACUUGCAACCCAUAGACCAGAAAAAGCCACACAAUGUCAGACUGCUGCGUGGGGAAAAAAGAGAAAAGAUGAGAUGGACCAAUAUAAUUUAAAAUAUAUUAACGUGAAGCCACUCAACUUUGAAAUGUGCGCUUUUCUUCAUCCUUCCCUAAAAGAAACUUCUUCCCAGAUUUGUGCAGGAGCGGCUGGAGAACAAGAUGACAACUGCCAAGGUGAAUCAUCGGACGAGCAGUUGCAAUGUUCUACUGGUCCUCUAAUUUGUAAUGGCGUAGUCGCUGGACUGGUUUCUGCAACAAAGGCCUGCAAUAAGGCGGGGCAUUAUGCUAUUUAUGCUGAUAUAAGCGCCGUGAAAACGUGGAUUGAUGAAAGCAUCAAAGAAUGGGAUCAAUUGUGUGGCGAUUACUUUAGAAGUGGGACUUUGGGCACAUACCCCGGACUUAUAUUGCCAAUUUAUAUUAUUUUAUAUUAAGCAAACGAAUUAAUAUAAAUAUUAAAUAAAUAUGAAUUUUCUAUUUAUUGAA